UGCGGGUGGUCUUCGAUUGCACAGCUUCAUUUCAAGAUAGGUCUCUGAAUAGUGAACUGCUCCAAGGACCUGACUUGACCAACACGUUAAUUGGUGUGCUUUUAAGAUUUUGUGAGGAGCCAGUAGCUAUAAUGGCGGACAUCGAGUCGAUGUUUUAUCAGGUCAAGGUGCCAGAAUGUGACGCAGACCUACUCCGUUUUCUUUGGUGGCCCAACGGCAAAUUGAACAAGCCUAUGGAGGAAUUCCGAAUGACUGUGCACCUCUUCGGAGCCACUUCUUCACCAAGUGUUGCCUCAUAUGCACUAAAAAGAACUGCUGAAGAUCACAAGGCUGAUGUGUCUCCAGAAACUGUCCAGACAGUUCUGCGCAACUUCUACGUAGAUGACUGUUUGAAGAGUGUAGCUAAAGAAGAAGAUGCAGUGACCCUGGCUAAAGAUCUUCGUACCCUGUGUGCCAGUGGAGGCUUCACUCUAACAAAGUGGGUGAGCAAUAGCAGGAAGGUGUUAAUGACAAUCCCUGAAGUGCAUAGAGCCAGCGAAGUGAAGGACCUGGAUCUGAGACAUGAUGCUUUAACAGUUGAGAGGACCCUCGGUGUACAGUGGGAUACAGAAACUGAUACCUUCACCUACAGUAUGAAGCUGCAAGACAAGCCGAUGACCAGAAGAGGCAUUUUAUCAGUCGUGAAUUCCAUAUAUGACCCCCUUGGCUUUCUGGCUCCGGUUAUUUUGCCCGCUAAACUCCUGCUGAAAGAUCUUUGUAAAGAACAAUAUGGAUGGGAUGAGAACAUUGAUGAAAAACAUGCUGAAGUUUGGAAAAGAUGGAUCGAAGAUGUCAGUCAUCUCUCUAAUUUCCAUGUGAGGAGGUGUUUGAAGCCUACAGAUUUUGGAUGCACUGCAGUAGCACAGUUACAUCAUUUUUCAGACGCUUCUGAGUCUGCAUACGGCACUGUGUCUUAUCUGCUGCAAGAGAAUAGCCAAGGUGAGAAACAUUGUGCAUUCCUCAUGGGAAAGGCAAGAGUGGCUCCACUCAAACUGGUCACCAUUCCCAGACUCGAGUUGACUGCAGCAGUUGUCGCUGUUAAAAUAGACAAGAUGUUACAUCAAGAGCUUCAAGUUCCAUUGCAGCAAUCUAUUUUUUGGACAGACAGUACUACUGUGCUCCGAUAUAUUGACAGUGAAACUGCUCGUUUCAAAACUUUUGUUGCGAACAGAAUCUCGUUGAUCCGAGAGGCAACCAAGCCAUCACAAUGGAAGUACGUCAGAACAACUGAAAAUCCUGCAGAUCAAGCCAGCAGGGGACUGAAAGCUAAAAGUCUGAUGCAAGGAGGAACCUGGAUCAAUGGGCCAGACUUCUUGCUGGACAAAGAAUGUGAUUGGUCGGAACAACCUUUGCGAAGGAAGGAAAGCCUUCAAAAUGAUCCGGAAGUCAAGAAUGGAGCUACAGUCAACAUGAUCAAAGUUGAAGAAAACAUGGAACCAAUCGACAAACUGAUCAGCUAUUACUCAGACUGGCAAAAGCUAAAAAGAGCAGUGGCCUGGAUUUUAAAGGUGAAGGAAAAUCUGUGGAAACUAAAAGAGGAAAGAAAGGAAAUAUCAAAAAAGAUCAUGGAAACUGAAAAAGACCCUGAAAAACAAAGAUCAAAAUUAGAACAACAAACAAAGAAAUUCAAAGCAACAAAAAAAUCAGUUACUUUGGACGAUCUGGUUGUCGCAGAAUCGGAAAUAAUCAAAUUCAGUCAAAGACAGCAGUUUGGAGAAGAAAUCAAAGUACUGGAGAAAGGUAAACAGCUCGGUCGCAGCAGUCAGCUAUUUAAACUGGAUCCGAUUCUUCAAGAUGGCAUGUUAAGGGUUGGCGGAAGACUCAACAAGUCUGCCAUGCCAGAAAACGCUAAACAUCCAGCAAUUAUUUCAAAGAACAGCAGAGUUGCUACAUUGAUUUUGAGAGACAUACACCAAAGAACAGGACACUGUGGACGCAGUUAUGUUUUGGCACAACUGAGGUGCAGGUACUGGAUCCCAAAAGCAAAUUCUGCAAUUCGAAAGAUAAUCAACAAAUGCACAGUGUGCCGUAGGAUUAAUGGAAAGGUUGGUGAGCAAAAGAUGGCAAACCUCCCUGAUGAUAGGCUCUUGCCAGAUAAACCUCCUUUUACGAAUACCGGUGUUGAUUUCUUUGGGCCGUUUGAUGUCAAGCGGGGCCGGAGUACCAUCAAAAGGAGAGGUCAAGUUACCAUCAUGCGUUCUGACAAUGGCACAAAUUUUGUGGCCGCUGAAAGAGAGUUGAGAGAAGCCAUUCAACGGCUGGAUAAUGACAAAAUUGAAAAGGCCUUGCAACCAAAGGGAAUAAAAUGGAUAUUCAAUACCCCAGCUGCUUCGCAUCAAGGCGGGAUUUGGGAAAGACAAAUUCGGACUGUGCGAAGAAUCCUUAAUUCCCUUUUGAAAGAGCAAGCAGUGAAUGAUGAUUGUCUUCUGACAAUAAUGUGUGAGGUCGAAAGCAUCAUCAAUGGUAGGCCGCUUACAACUAUUUCAGAUGAUGUGAAUGACGUAGAACCUCUAACACCCAAUCACUUACUGCUGUUGAAAUCUCAACCCAACAUGCCUCCAGGGAUUUUCAGCAAAGAUGACAUGUACACAAGAAAGAGAUGGAAGCAAGUUCAAUAUCUUGUGGAUUUAUUCUGGACUAGAUGGACGCGUGAAUACCUUUCACUUCUUCAGGAGCGCCAGAAAUGGCUUAAGCCAAGAAGAAACUUCAUGAUGGGAGAUGUUGUGUUAAUAGUGGAUAGUUCUUCCCCACGGAACUCCUGGCUCAUGGGAAGGGUAGUUGAAACAUUCCCGGACUCCAGUGGAACAGUACGAAGAGUGAAGAUAAGGACCAAGACCAACACUCUGGAAAGGCCUCUAAACAAACUGUGCUUAUUGGAAGAGGCAACGUCAGAAGAGUGAAGAAAGAAGAAACAAGUUGAUAGUUUAUGGACAUUUAGAAAUUGUUUGGCUCUCAGUGUUUAAGUUUAUAAUUGCUUAGUCCUCCUGCCUAACCAAUUAGGGGCCGGAUAAUGUAAGAGCCAUAUAGAGAUCAGUUUAUCUGAAAUAAUAAUUUAGUAAAAUUAAUAAGAAAAUAUUUUAUUAAAAUUCAUAAGAUAUACUUUGGUUUAAAAUGCAUACUUAGUAAUGUGUAGAUCUGUUUACAUUUAACUAUUUUGAGCUUCCAGUCAGAUCGCACUACGUCACAAUGCAAGUGAUUGGAUGUGUUUAGUUUUAGUUUUGAAGUUAGAGACGUUGGAAGCAACACAGUUUUUUGACCGUGCGUACCAUGUAAUGUCUUUUUAUUUUUAUUUUUGUUUUGGAAGUAAACAUUUAAAAUGAAGAUCGUGGUUUGCUCGUGUUUCAAAUACUGUUUAUAAUUUGACUGACUUCAAAAAGUGGUACAGAAGAAUUAGAAGCGAAUAGGUGCCACAACAGUAACUAUUUACAAUCUUAACUGGUUACAGUAAUAAACAUGACCUACCAGUUUAUUAAUCUUGGAUUUAAUUUAAAACAGAUGGCUACAUACUGUAAAUUAAAAGUAUUGUGGUUUAACUUUAUUUUAAGGUGCCCUUGUUAUGGUGCAAUUAUAUAUUUAACUGCAUGUACUUACUAUAUGGUUCAUGAUAACUAAUGCAUUAAUGUAAACAAAGAAAAACACUUCACAAUAAGGUUUUAUAUCACAUAAAUGAUGCAUCAAUUAAAGAUCCAUUCAUUGUUUUGAUCACACCCUUCCUCCGCAGGCACCAUCCACACCUCCAUCCUUUCUCUCUCGCUCUCUCUCCACACGUUCAU